UUUAAAAGAAGGGCGUCAGGUGUGGUUUUGGCGGAAAUGUGCGCUCUUUAUUCAACAGUUGAUUAUUUCAGUUAUCUGGAUUGCGGUGUGACUGCUGCUCAGCGGUGGAUCAGAUCUUAAUUUGCGUCUUCAGUCGGUGCGUAAAAGUGAAUCCCAUGUCGCCAAACUAGUUUGCGCACAAACGCGCAAUAGGUAAAAAAAAAAAAAAAAAAGAUGUUCUUUCAAAUAAAUUCCUUCUUGUUUACCGUUCACUCAACAGUUUUAAAAGUGGAUGUCCGCAAUCAACCGGUAUUUCCCUCAGUCAAAGGAAGGAAAUGAGAACAAUGAAUAGCAGAAUCUCGGGGGGGUUUCUGAAGUUCCAACAAUGGCUCCAGUAUUUGCGGCAAUAACACAUCUUGUUUCAUGCGUAAUAAUCUGCGGCGGUAUCAUAAGAUUAUGGAGAGCGACUCCAGGAUGCAGCUCCAGGUCUAGAGUUUCUCCUCCGGGCCGUCCUCACAGGUUCCACAAACCCAGCCCGGCCCAGACCACCCAGGGCAAGUCCACCAUGCCCCUGGGUCACCUCACCAAGGGGGCGAGCUGGGAGGAGCUCAUCCAGACCUGCCUGCAGUCCUUCGACUCGGCUGGCUGCGUGUGUGGGAGCAGCCACCUGUUGAACAUCAGCCUGACCAUGCACCGUCUCCUCAUCUCCUCCAGCGACCUGCUCGACAAACUCAUUGCUCUAUUUAAAGUAGCGCUGGACAAUGAGCAGCCGGCAGAGUGCCAGAGGAUUUGCUUCUUCAUCAGGCACUGGAUCCAGGAAUUCUGGGUGAUGUUCCGGUUGAACCACAGCUUGUCAGACAGCCUGGAAGAGUUUCGCGAGCUGAUCAGAGAGCAGGGACAGGAGCAUCUUUGCUCGCUCCUAGAGACCAAGUGGAUAAACGAGCGUGACUGGUCGUGGAAGGCCAGCCAGAAAAUCAAAGCUAACAGCAGCAAGAAGAGGAAGGUCUCUCUCCUUUUCGACCAUCUGGAGCCCAUCGAGCUGGCUGACCAUCUCACGUACCUGGAAUUCAAGUCCUUCUGCAGGAUAUCAUUUGUAGACUACCAGAAUUACAUUCGCAAGUGCUGCAUGAAGGACAUCCCUGUGAUGGAGCGUUCCAUCGCCCUGUGCAAUGGUAUCUCCCAGUGGGUUCAGCUGAUGGUGCUGAGCCGGCCGACCGCGCAGCUGAGGGCGGAGGUUUUCACCAAGUUUAUCCACGUGGCUCAGUGUCUACACCUUAUGCACAAUUACAACACACUAAUGGCGGUGGUGGGAGGGCUGUGUCACAGCUCGAUCUCCAGACUGAAGGACACCACCUCGCAUGUACCCAGUGAGGUCACCAAGGUACUGAACGAGAUGACAGACCUGCUGUCCUCCUGCAGAAACUAUGACAACUACAGACAAGCGUACAACAGGUGUACGGGUUUUAAAAUCCCUAUCCUGGGCGUCCACCUCAAAGACCUGAUUUCGGUCAAUGAAGCCAUGUCGGACUACGUGGAGGACAACAAGGUGAACGUCCAGAAGCUCCAGGCCCUCUACAACCACAUCAAUGAGCUGAUCCAGCUCCAGCAGAUCCCCCCCAAGCUGGACGCCAACAAGGACCUGGUCCAUCUGCUGACGCUGUCCUUGGACCUUUACUACACCGAGGAUGAGAUCUAUGAACUGUCUUACACCAGGGAACCCAAGAACUGUAAAGCACCUCCAGCCACCCCCUCUAGACCUCCAGUGGUUGUGGACUGGGCAUCAGGAGUGGCUCCUAAACCUGACCCCCGAACCAUCAGCAAACAUGUGCAGAGAAUGGUGGAUUCCGUGUUUAAGAACUACGAUCACGACGAGAACGGCUUCAUUUCUCAAGGGGAAUUUGAGAAAAUUGCUGCUAGCUUUCCCUUCUCCUUCUGUGUCAUGGACAAAGAGAAAGAGGGCCUCGUCAGCCGAGAGGAGAUCACAGCCUAUUUCAUGAGGGCAAGCGUCAUCUGCUCCAAACUGGGCCUUGGCUUUGUCCACAACUUCCAGGAGACCACUUACAUGAAACCCACCUUCUGUGACAACUGCUCAGGAUUUCUGUGGGGUGUCAUCAAGCAAGGCUACAGAUGCAAAGACUGCGGUAUGAACUGCCACAAGCUGUGCAAGGACCAGGUGGCGUUCGAGUGCAAGAAGAACACCAGGCUGACCAGCACCAUCGACAGCCCGACGCCGAGCUUCACGUCUGUCACCACGGGCACUUCAGAGGGUUCAGAGGAAUUCCCUUUUCCCUACCAGUCGGAUGACAGCAAAGACUGGAGCCCAGACUCUCCGGUUACCCCCCACUCGAGGCCUCAGAGGGUCCACAGCGGCACCCAGACAGAGGGACCCCAGCUCUCCUCCGCAUCGCCUGAGCCUGGCCGCGCUCAGCCGUCUCUGCUGAUCCCAAUAACGCCCACCCUCACCUCGUGCCCCAGCCCCGUGCCCCAGAGAAAACAGCGACACUGUGCCAAGUGGGAAAACAGGGCGUCCAUUGCGCCUAAAGAACCAGAAGAGGACAACAAACUCCCCUAUGAAUCCCUGGAAUCAGACAACCAGAAGCUGCAGAAAGCCAAUGAGACACUACGUAGGAAGCUGAGGGAGGCGGAGCGGGAGGUGGAAAUACUAAAGACACUGCUGAAGAGGCACGCUCUCCACCCUGUGGAGGAGGACUCCUCCUCCUAGGCACACACGCACACACCGGAUCUCGUCCAGGGAGACUUGUGCUGCCCCCGUAUGGCAGCGUGAGUAAAACUGGAUCCAAAGUGCAAGUGUUACCAGGCAAAUUGGCGUCACGUGGUAUAAGUACAGUGCGCAUAGCUGUUUUACUGCUGUUGGUGCACGGUCAAUUUAAGAAAAAGCUGAUCAGUAUACCACCACUAAAGAAGUUAAAGACUUUUUUGAGAUUUUUUUUUUUUUUCCAAAAGAAGCUCCGGUAGAUUUUUCAUAGAAAAUACAGUACAAAAGCCAAAAAAGGCUGUGGUGUUACAUUUAAAGGAGCUUUGAGUGAGCAGACGGUGCCUUUUUUCACUGUGUUGUACUGUUGAGAGAGGAAUGAAAGUCAUCACAAUGAGCAUUACUUACUUUGUUUAGUGAAGAGCUGAAGCUGGAGUGGAGUGCCCUCUGUGAAAGGUAUGUAAGCGUGGGAAAAAGCUGACCGGCAGAGUGCAGCAUUUUGAGGGGAAAACAUUGCGGGGAUGCGUUUGAUCAGUUCUUGAUCAAUAACAGAGACUAGAUAAUUUAUGUUAAACAUAAGAACCGAAAUCAGAGGCAUCAGUCAAAAAAAGAGAAGAAAUCAAUAACUUUAUUGUGAAUAUGACAGAUGCAUCUUUAUUAUUAUUAUUAUUAUUAUUAUUAUUAUUAUUAUUAUUACUACUAUCAUUAUUAUUCUCACUGACGAGGGCCCACAGGUAACAACAGUGCAACGAGAGGAGGCCUCAAAUGUACAGAACUGUUGUUGCUCCACAUCAUCGUCCCUGUUGAUAUCACCGCACAAGAUGUUUUCAGUGCUUCUGUUUCUAUUUAUUGUCUCAAACACUACACACUUCAUAAAGAGUGAUUUCACAUAUUUUUUUUGUACAGUAUGCUGGUACUUUCAGUGGAUUAUUUAUGCUCGUGAGCGUUUGGCAUCAUAUCGUUAACUUCUCUUAAUUCAUAUUGUUUCAUACGUUUACUAUCGUGUGGUCAACUUGUAGCCGUGUUGUACUGUGAAUGGAGGGGGGAAGUCGAGACACAUGUGUUUGUGGUGUGUGUGUGAUGUAAAUACAGAGGUAUACACAGUGCCAUCGUAAUUAAGUCGAGGUUCGUCCCUUUUUUUCCCUCUCAGUAUUGUUCUCUUAUUGUUAUAAUAAAUACUGUAAACUCCA